AUGGACCCUAGAUUUACACCUGGAACAGCUGUCAUUCCUUGCACUAAAGUGGAGAUCAGUGUGUCAUGCCGGAGCCUGAUAGAUGGGGAUGUCUUUUCAAAGUCGGACCCCAUGUGUGUGCUGAAAGCAGUUGACCCUAAGACUAGACAUUUGUAUGAGGUUGGCAGAACUGAGGUUGUGCAGAAUAAUUUAAACCCUGACUUUGUUAAAAAGUUUCUUGUUGACUACUUCUUUGAGGAGCGACAGAUUUUUAAAUUUGAAAUAUAUGAUGUUGACAGUGCAAGCACCCAGCUAUCACGUCAUGAUUUCUUGGGCUCCAUUGAAUGUUCCCUUGGAGAACUUGUUAGUGCUCCAAAUUCUUGCUUUGAAAAAAAUUUACA